GAGGAGGCAAAUAGGAGAGCAGAUGAAGAAAAACAUUUUGUUUAUGAAAGACAGUACUCGGGGACAUCUCCUGAAAUGAGAGAAGCUGCAUAAAUCAUCAGCACAACAGUGGCUUUAGAGACUUUGGUUCCACAAUGGACGUGCCCAGUCACGCAGAACUCAACCCUGACGAUUCAACUGAGAACCAGUAUCUCAAGGGAGAAGAGGACACUGCAUCAGCAUGUGCUGACUAUGAUGCUGACGAUCAAAAGGCUGGUGCAUAUGAUAAAGAGACCAAAGUUGAAAGCCUUUUGGAGGAGCUGGGUUUGGAGCAGUACCACAGACAGAAGCUAUCACUUAGCAACAUACUUGGGCUUGAUGAGAAGACAAUUACUGAUGACCCUGGUGAAUGUAAAUCAAAUGUCCCAUUGCAUUUUCUCAAGAAAUUAAUGAUGGUUAAUGUGACUGCUAGAAAUGGGAGGUGUGGUGUAUCAUUUGACUCAAAGGAUCCUCUGUCUGAGUCAAACUGUAAUGAUGCAUCAGAUGGUACAGAGAGCAAUUUUGAUUAUCUGUUUGAGAGCCCAAAUAAGGUUGAAACGUUUAACCCUCUUGAUUUAAUCACUGCUCUGUUUUUGUGUUCUGAUGGUUUUGUUCAGCAAGAACUGGCUCUAAAAAUGUCCAUGUGUCAGUUCUCUGUUCCUCUGCUGCUUCCUAACUGUGAUACACAGCAGUGCACCCUCAUGCUGUGGGCCAUGAGAGACAUUGUUAAGAAGUACAGACYUCCAGAWCUUUCAGAAUCAAAAGGYUUCAUAGAAGAAAGAAUAGUUCUUUCUGAACUUCCAAUGAUCUCAUUUGUGAGACUGGGUGAGUGCUCUCUGUCCAAAUCAGAGAUCCUCAAUAAACUUMURWGYAACUCUSAGCAAUACCAUGACACCUUUGUUCACCAUGACAUGGAGUGUGGAGACRUUCAGAGAAGAAUAUCCAAUGGACUGACUGAAAUGACCUGGUACCUUCCCUGUGGAAACAAAAACAUGGACAUCUUCAGUGAACCAGUUGCUAUAGCUAACCUUCGUGGAGACAUUGCUUCAUUUGAAACUCAAUUCUCCUUUUUGUGUCAGACAUCUGCUGCAGUUUUUGUUUUCUUUGAUCAGCUGGACUCUGAGUGCAAACUGCUGAUGAACAAAAACCACAAAGCUCAGAUCUUCUUGGUGGGAAACCAGCAGAGCAAAAACUUUAGAGGUGAUUCUGUUAAAAAAUUGGUAACCAGUCUGGCCUUGACUAAAAACAACAUUCUAAUAAAGACAAAACAGAUAAAUGGUGCAGAUUUUGUGAAACUACUGAGAAAAAGGGUUAGCAAUAUAGUUAAUAACUCAAAGAAGAAAAUAUCUAUAGAACAGAUGGCUGAUGUUGCACAUGAACUGGGAAUUUUAGUAGAUGAAGAUUCUCCAGAGUGUCAGGAUGGAAAGAAGAAAGCAGAUGAAAUCACUGCAGAGAUUAAAGACAUACUGAAAUACAAAGACGAUCAACUUCCUUUACAAGGUCGGUUGUGGAAGAAAUUUACUUAUUUGGAAAAGGAAGAAUUUCGUCUUCGAAAAGUUGGUUCGGAAGACAUAGAAAAUUACAAAUGCAAACUUCAGAAAAAAAGAAAACAGCUGAGGCAACAGCAGAGUGUUUAUUGGAUGUCCAGAGCAAUGAUUUGUUUCAUCACUUCGCUAUUAAACAAAGAAACAGAAAGGUGCUACUUCCUGAAAUGGAUGAGAAUAAACCUUGAUAACGAUUCUCGCCUAAAACUGUCUAACCUGAGGGAAAUGUACAAAAAGAAAUGCAGGGAGUCUAAAAACAAACAGGAGAUCAAAGAAAUUGACCAACAACUUUCCAGCAGCUCACUGGGAAUUGAGCACUUCUUCCGUGAAAUGGGAACUGAUCUGAAGAAGCUUUUGGAAGAUCUGGGUUUGGAUCAGUUCUACAAGGAGAAGCUGUCACUCAGCAAGAUCCUGGAGAUCAAUGAGAAAACCAUCAAUGAUGAGCCUCCAAAGUGUAAAUCUGAUCUUCUAUGUGUCCAUUCUGCAAAAUACCCUGUGAUGCAGGUGGAGAAGCCCACACUCAACACUUUGGUUCUCUGCAUCGACCAGAGGGUUUAG